AUGACCGAAGAAAAGACUCUGCCUUUGAUCGAGACCGCCGAGUUUGAGUUGAUUCAGGGCCGGACGAACUCUGCGGGUGAGACUGAGUUGGACGAGUCGGUAUUUGAGCUGUUGGAGAGUUCGGGGUCGGAUUCACUGAUAGCAAUAGAAACUCUCAAAGAAAAUAGCUUUAAAAUAGUUUGUCAAUUAUCUGCUGUUUCUGUGAAAUCAAGGAAAAGAGCAAAAGGAGGAGGAGAAGAUGGGGAACAUAAUUCGAUGAUGAAGACUGAGGAGAACUCAGAACACACUCGUGCUGUCUGGGGAAAACCCAAUUUUUUUAAAUGCUGA